AUGGCUUGGUCACUCUUGCAGAAAGACAUCGAGAAGGGGCAUCUCUUUGAGCUGCCGGUGGAGAAGCUGAGGUGUGUGCGCGUUGGGGCAGUCACUUUGCUGCCGGCAAACUUGGUGUUGUCAAAGCUCCCGGUCCGGGUGCCAAACUUCGAGUCUAUCCAGCGCUUCCUCAGCCUUGUGGAGUCGGGCAGUGAGUGCCAUGGUUCGCCCGAGCAGGGCUUCAGUUGCUUUGUCUUCAAGGGUCGGUGGUUUGCUUACCGCUCCUGCUACUUCGGUGCUCGUUGGGCAGGGUACUGGUUUGCUCGCUUAGGCGCGCACCUGGUUCGUUUGCUUCAUCAAUUCGUUCGUGUGCCACACGGCUUGUUUUUGUAUGUCGAUGACGGCCUCCUUUUCUUGCCGGCCGGCUGCGCCGCACACCUAAGUAGCACCGCUCUCAUGUUUGUGGUUGCAUUAGGGAUUCCUUUGUCUUGGGAAAAGUUACAGCUUUCCAGAAAGCUUGGCUGGAUUGGCUGGGUUUUCGACUUGUGCACGCGAUCAGCAUCUGCGCCUGCUGACAAAGUAAAGAAGGCAGCAGCAAAGCUUCGCCUCCUGCUCACCGAGGGUCGCAAAGUUGAGCGGCGCGAUGUGGACAAGCUGAUUGGCCUGCUCCUCUGGUGGACCAACGGCGCUGUGUGGCUACGCCCUUGGCUGCAAGCUGCAAGGCCUGUACCAGCUUUUAUUCAAGCCUCGUGCUGUUUGCCGCUCAGUGAACCUCGCUCAGUUUGGGGAGCUUCGCCAGUCGUUGUCUAA